AUGGUCUGGGAUUGGAAGCUGGCGGGGGCAUGUGUAUACGUACUGGCCGGCCUGGCGCUCGCCGCGUUGUGUCUUGCAGGAUCGGUGUACCGGUUCUGUAUUGAUCAGCCUGAUCGUCGAAAGAGCGACGAAGGCGAGACAGUCGUGCAAGAACGGAAGGCGAUCGCGAGCCAGGAUCGCGAGCCCGGAGAAUGGUCGCCAGUUGCGUUUGACUACCCUGCCAUUGAGCCAUUCAACGAAGAUAUCAUGAAUGUUAAGCCGAUACCCUACCGACCCUUCAAAUGGGGUGAAUACCAUGUCACGAUGGGCAUCCGGAGCAUGCCCUGGGAUGAAUGGAUCGAGCUGGAUCAACACUUCUACGAAUACCACAAGAUCACCGACUUCCGCAUCCGGGCACGGCCCAAUCGCGUUAUCAUGUACCAUCCUCCCCAGCCUGAGAUCGUGGGCUCCGCCCGGCCUGCAGCGGAAGAAUUGGUUCAGGAGCUUGCCGAGUUCCUCGUCAGAAGAUACCCCGCUCUGUACGCUGUCACCCGAUACGAGAAGGGGGAGCGGAGCAAGGAAGGGUGGUAUAGCGCGGGACAGAUCAGGACAAUCACGAUUGUGCCGUUGAAGGUCACGUACGACCUUGAGACGGAAGAUCCUCUGAAGGUGGCGAAUCUGCUUGUGCAAGAAGACUGGGCGAUCAUGAUGGAGGGCACUGAUGGACAGUAUUGGCUACAAGCCGGUGCUGUUUGCAAACCCGGCUUCUGGAGACUACAGGACAAGCUCGGUAUGCCCUUGGACGAGAUCCACUUGUCCGGCAAUGUGCCUCAAUUCAAGAGCAAGCUGCAGCUCAGCAUGUCUCGGUUCUUCCGCCGCAUGCCCGUAGGCAAGCCGGUGACCCGCAAUAAUUACUUCUUCCAAGUUGUGAAGCAACCAGAGCUCCAGCCACAAGACGAUCCCGCGGUUCACGUAGACCCAACCGAGCUCUCCUGGGCGCGCACGAUGCACGGUUUCGAGGACAAGAAGGACUUCGAGCGUGCAGCAUUGAUCCGCGAAGAGACGGAAGCCGAGACGGAGAACGUCGCCGAUCGCAAAUCCACCGAGCCGCUUGACCCUGCGACAGUCUUUCUGCGCACAGAGCGGCAGACGCUGCGCAGGCUACCGAAGACAGGCGCGAUUGUGUUCACGAUACGUGUGUACCAGACGCGGGUGACGGACCUCGUCAAGGAACCUGGCGUGCCCGGACGGUUAGCGAGCUCGAUAAGGGGAUGGUCGGAGGACGUCGCGCAAUACAAGGAUCUGUUCGCGUACAAGGAUAUACUCCAAUAUCUCGACACGUCGCAUGCAGAACAGCUGGAGAAGGGACUCGUCGGAUCGCAACCUCGCAACCCUCCGUAUCCGUUUUGA